AUGUCAAAUCUUGUCAAACUUGAAUUUGCGGCCUUAGACAUCUCAGGCAAGAAUUAUUUGUCAUGGGUGUUAGAUGCUAAAAUUCACCUAGAUGUUAAAGGUCUAGGGAAUACUAUAUUAGCAGAUAAAGAAGCAUCUAAUCAAGACAAGGCAAAAGCAAUGAUUUUCAUCCGUCAUCAUCUGCAUGAAGGAUUAAAAGUGGAAUAUCUCACUGUGAAAGACCCUCUUGAGUUGUGGAAAAAUUUGAAAGAACGAUUUGACCAUCAGAAAACUCUGAUACUCCCUAAAGCUCGUUAUGAUUGGAUGCACUUACGGUUGCAAGAUUUUAAGACUGUAAGUGAAUACAAUUCAAAACUUUUCAAAAUUAGUUCUCAACUAAAAUUAUGUGGAGAAACCAUAACUGAUGAGGACUUGUUAGAGAAAACAUUUUCAACCUUUCACGCUACUAAUGUGCUCUUACAGCAACAAUACCGUGAAAAAGGUUUUAAAUGGUAUUCUGAAUUGAUUUCAUGCCUUUUGGUGGCUGAACAAAAUAAUGAGCUAUUGAUGAAACAUGGAAUUCGUCCCACUGGUCUUGCACCAUUCCCUAGUGAAUGUAGCAGUACAUAA